AUGACCGAUCAAGGACCCAGGCCUGGGUCCUACACGAGUGAAUGCGACCGGGGGCGGGGUUCCGGUCCAGCCCCGCGCCCGGGGUUCGAUCCUCAGCUCGGCUGGUCGCCUCCGAGCCCCUCCCUCCCUUUCUUACCCUCAACCACCAUCUCACCCAGUGGACCAGCCGACCGACCACCCGACCGACCAACCACCGGCCCCCGAGCCCCAUCGAGCCCCGGACAAACACCCUGUGAGCACACAGGAACCCCCGACGACCCCACCAAGACACCAGACCCCCGCGCACGCCCUUAUUCCACCCGAUCCGGUCCGAUCCGGUCCGAUCCGAUCCGAUCCGGCGCCGAAAAAUAG